AAAUUUCUUUAUUCUGAUUGGUCAAAUUUCGAUUUUAAAUCUUCAAUCUCAAUCUUCAAUGCAUAGUCUGAUACGGGCUUUAGUUUCCCCUCGGGAAAGAUUCCGCGUCUAUGAGUUUUAUAUGUCCAUGAUUGUAUACACAGGCAUCAUCAGGCACAAAAAAAGAUCCACAUCUGAUAUCUGAUCUGUACAUUGUUGAUUUACGACGAAUUUGACGGUUGAAGAAUUUCGAAGAGGUUAGUUUCUGAUUUGUGUCACAUUACAAUUGGAAUUUGGAAUACAAUGAUCGACAGUCACUUUGUCGAAUCAGUUGCGAAUUAUAUCUCGUGGCGCUAAUCGAGACACACGCUUAAUCGAAUAUAAUAUUGUAAGGAUCGCAACAAUUGCUGGUAUAAUAUGUAUCGACUAGGAAAAUAGCUUCGUUGAAAGCUUUAUAGAGGAGAUCAGAUUAACGACGUAAUCAUGAUACGGACAAACAGGAAGAGAUAUCGCAACAUAGAGGAGGAAUCUAGCGAAUUUAUGCCAUUGAGCAAACGGAUCAACAAUCUUCAUAUCAAUAGUUUAUCCGGUCUGCGAGAGAGCGUAAUAGAAAACAGAGUGGAAAGCAUGGAGACCGAUUGGGAAAGUGGAAAUUUUAUGUCAUCACCGAGCUGUUCUCAAAAUUCAUCACCGCGGGGUAGCUGUGGUUCUAGCCAAAGUAAUUUUACCAACGAUUACAGACCAGAUCUAGAUGCGACAGAAAAUCCUUUUUAUUACGAAAGCAACAAGUUGCUCUUUUCCUUAUAUAUGGAACGUAUGCAGCGGAGAUUGGAUCUGUAUUGAUAAAUGUAUGCGUCGCUGGCUUUAUCCUGCCUGCAAAAUAUUCUCUUGACAUUAAACUUGUUAUUUUAUUUGCCAUAUUUUUCUAUGCCACAUAUUUGAAGAGUUUUCAAUCUCAUGUUAUGUUAAUCAUGUAGAUAAUAGCAAGAUAUAUUAAUUUAUGUCGGCAAAUAAAUUAACAAAAUUUUUGUGUAAGAAUCGGCAUUUUUUUCAAUAGAUAUAUAAUUCAAUAAUGUACAAUUACAUAAAAAUAUUAGAUAUUUUUAAUUAGCGUAUAUAAAACUUGCGUGUAAUCGAGACUAUAAAUUGUCUAUACGACAGAAUCGAAAGUUUGAUUAUAUAUAGUUUCUUUUAAAUUAUGCUAUUACUACAUGUCUUAACAAGAUAUUUACAUCAAAAUGCUCUCUUGACAUUUGUAAUGCAAUAUGCAGAAUUUCUAUACAUGAAAUUUUGUAAAAUUGUAUAAAAGAUUAAGGUGAUGGAAGUAUGAAUAAAGAUCACAGUAAAUUUAAU